CUCUCCUCUCGCCAACAAGCCUUACUACUCAAUUUUUUGUUCUCGUUGCAACCAGCCAUCCAUUCCUUCUGUCUUUGCUUUUUUUCUGUAAUCUAUGUCUAACCGCUAUGCGCCUCUUCCAAAUCCCAGGUCAGACCACGACGCACAGCAUGAAAUGGAGGCUGCUUUUGACGACUCGGACGACGAAGACGCCACGGAAUCCCAGCCCUUGAAUCCCACUCCCCGUUCGCCCAUUAGUGUUCCCCAGCCAACUACACCUUCUUCUAUACCCGGAUCGUACGACUUUGAAAAUGUAGAUUAUGACUACCCACCUCCAGGGUCACCACCGCCGCCAUCAUCGACUGCGCUUCCCAACAACAUUGGCAAUUCCAACGGACUCAUACCGUCUUUCAAUAUUGGAAGUCUUCGAGAACCUUUGUCCGGACAGGGAUGGUUCAAACGAACCGUCGGAGCGAUUUUACCUUCACAUUACGUCAAUCGGAGCUCACAGCGCCCAGAGGGUGUGUUCGGUGGUGGAACCAAUAACGAUGGAGUCUUUGCGAAUGUUACCGCGAAGCCAUCGAGACCUACGAGAGUACAGCAAGGUGACGAGGUUUUGAUAGUCCCUGAAGACGCUCGACCAGAAGCACCGCCGUCCUACGCAACCGCCCAGGCGGACGCUGUUCCCCCAUACUGGGAAACUACCGUCCAUGCUCCUCUCUCUUCCGACUCACUUGGCGAAAUGAUCAUCGAUGCACUUCCCACCGGAUCGCUCUUCUCAUUCCUCUGGAACAUGCUCGUAUCAAUCUCUUUCCAAUUUGUCGGUUUCCUCUUGACGUACCUCCUGCACACGACUCAUGCUGCCCGUCUUGGUUCGCGGGCAGGACUCGGCGUCACGCUCAUACAAUACGGCUUUGCCCUCCGCGGCCGCUUAGAUUCAACCGACGGUGAUGGCGGAUGGGGCCAAUGGAGAGCAGAUGAGCCGGCACCGACGAUGGCGACAGCCGCGGAGGCUGACGCGUACUAUAAUCAUCAUGACCAGGAACAAAACUCAACCAUGUCCGGUAUGAUGAAUGGCAUGCAAGGCAACCCUUCUACCCUCACGGAUGAGCAGGCAAGUAUGCUUGUCGCGGAUGCUACGACGGAGUGGCUCUCCUUCUUCCUUAUGACAGUCGGAUGGUUUAUACUACUGACUUCUCUCCUGGGCUUCUGGCGUGUCAAGCGCUGGGAGCGUGGGAUUCUAGCUACACAGCAGCAUAACAGUCCGAGUACCAGCAGUGAUCAAGAUUCUCAGCGCGGCAUGUCCCAAUUCGAGAGGGCAUUUGGCUUGCAUCGCUUGACAAACGGUGGUGACAUCCUGCGUCAAGGUUUUGGGUUCGGAAGAGGCCAUGAACAGGCGACUGAAUCUGGAAGACAGUCUCAGGCUGAAGAGGGCCGGGCAGAGGAAGAAUUGGCUGCCUUGCUUGAUAUUCCUACAGAUGAUCCAAAUCGCGCUCAGAGAAUUUGCGAAGCGUUGGACAGUGAGAGAAGAUUGCAGAAUGAUCUUAGAGCAGCGGGGUUAUUGUAGUUUUCUCAAAUGAAAGAGCUGUGGUUUUCGUAUUGUUAUUGGUGGACUGCCUGUCUAGUUGUAAAUAAAUACGCUACUAAUGCCUUGCUGGUCAGCUGUUUAGUGCCU